ACCACACCCACAAGCGCCAGCACCACCUAUCAUGGGGCGGCGUUCCCAAAGGAGGCAGGUGACCCUGAAAGAGGUACAGGUCCUGAUCGCCCUCCCCCCAUGGGGGAGCAAGGGUCACCUGACUCGGAGCCGAUCAGUGUGGAGAUGGAGGGAGUGAGGCGCCCCCGGAGCUGGAGAAGACCAACCACAGCGUGCAUUACACCCUCCUGAUCGCCUGUGUCUUGGUGGCCUUCGUCCUCGGCGCCUUCCUGUCCGGCUUCCUGGUGUCGUGCUACUGCAACCACACGGGCCACAAGACCAAGAAGCUGUCCAAGGAUCCCGAGGCGCCGAUCCCGCACGCCCUGUCGCUCCGCAGCCUGGCCAAGCUCAACGGCCUCCUGGACAGCCAGAGCAAGGACGACAAGCUGGAAGUGUCCUCUCCAAAGAUCUACAACUCCUUCUUCGCCAGCAGCAAGGAGCACCACUCGUCCAGGAGAAAUGGCCACCACGCCAUGACGAUGGGAGACCUGGUCCACCCCCACCACCACCACCUCCACCACUCCUCAGAGCUGUCCGGGCUGCCCACGCCGGAUUCCACCCCGGAGUUGCCCAUUAAGAGCAUGAAAGCUUUCAAGAACCAGUGGGAGAAGAACCAGAACUGCAACAACGCCAAGGAACCCAAGUCCCAAAACUAUGGCUCCAGGCCCAGUUCAGCCCUGCUCCACCAGCAGGUCUUCCCCUACUCCCACGGCCUCGCCAACGGGCAGCCGGCGGUCGGCCACCUGCAUCCGGACGAGCGGAAAAUCCACAACGUGGAGCGCGUGCUGUCGCAGCAGCCGUACGCCGGUUACUCCCAGAAGGUGAUGGAGGUGACGUCGCUGGACGAGCUGCUGAAGCACAUCCACGAGGCGAGCGGCAGCAAGAGCUCGCAGCUCAUGAGCCCGUCGGGCCUGAUGGCCAGCGGCGGCGGGGGCCAGCUUGCGUUUGCCAACCGCAUCCAGCCUCAGAUUCCCGAGACGGAGUCGGCGCCGUACUACAGCUCCUCCACUUUACCCCGGGACAGCCUCACCCGCCGCAUGGACGUUCCUCCAGACAUCCCCUCGCACCACCAGUCCACCCUGGAGAGGAGGCACUCCUCCCAGAGGCACUCGCUGAUCGCCGCCGCCGCCAAAAUGCCCAAUGGCGCGGCGGGCGGAGGGGGCGGGGCCGGGGGAGGAAGUGCACUACCCCCUCAUCCCAACGGGUACCUCGCACGCCAGCACAGCUACAACGGAGAGCAGCAGGAGGUCCCGCACCGGGGCGCCAUCGUCCGCCGGGCCUCCUCUCUAAAGCCCGACGUCCCGCCGAAGCCGCUGUUCAUACCCGCCACGUCCCCGGUCAACGAGCAGGGGAAGUACAACUACUGA